ACGCCUCCCAGCGAGGCCUCGCCCCCUCCGGGCCCAGCCGCCGGCUUCCGCUUCCGCUCCGGGCGGCGGCGGCGGCGGCGGCGGGCAGGGGCGAUCCUGUGGAAUUCGGGCCCUGCCGGCGUCUGCCCGCCACAGUCCUGCGUGGGGGAAGGCGGCACUGCCAUGCGGGGAGCCCCUGGGCGGGAGCACCAUGCCCUUCCUGCACGGCUUCCGCAGGAUCAUCUUCGAGUACCAGCCCCUGGUGGACGAGAUCUUGGGGCUGCUGGCGCUGCGGGAUGCGAGGCAGAGCGCGCUUGAGAGCCCUGCCUGCCUGGGCAGCGACAGGAGCCAGCUCUCGGCUGUGAGGCGAGUUUUGGAGAGGGAGACCCACUCCCCGUUCUACCAGGAAGGCGUGAGCUAUGCCCUGCUGAAGGUCACCGAGCUGGGGCUCGUCGCCGCCGCAGAAAUCCUCCUGGAGUUCGGCGCCGACCUCAGCUUUGAAGACCCCGUUACCUACUACACCCCGCUGCACAUCGCGGUGCUCCGCAACCAGCCGGACAUGGUGGAGCUGCUGGUGCGCCACGGGGCGGACAUCAACCGCAGAGACCGGAUCCAUGAGAGCAGUCCCCUUGAUCUGGCCAGCGAGGAGCCCGAGCGGCUGUCGUGCCUCCAGAGGCUGCUUCAGCUGGGGGCCGACGUCAACGCAGCCGACAAAAACGGAAAGACAGCGUUGCUGCACGCCCUGGCCAGCAGCGACGGCGUCCAGAUCCACAACACCGAGAGCGUCCGUCUCCUGCUGGAAGGAGGUGCAGACGUCAGGGCCACCACCAAAGACGGCGACACCGUCUUCACCUACGUCAUCUUCCUGCUGGGCGAGGUGGCGUGCAGCAGCGCGGAGGAGGCGCGGGUGACAAACCGCUUCUGCUUCCGCGUCACCCAGCUGCUGCUGGCCCACGGUGCCAACCCCAGCGAGUGCCCGGCCCCCGAGUCCCUCACCCACCUCUGCCUCAGCAACUUCAAGCACCACUUCCCGCUCCUGCGCUUCCUGCUCGAGUCGGGCGCUGCCUACAACUGCUGCCUCCACGGCCCCGCCUGCUGGUCGGGCUUCCAGAUCGUCUUCGAGUGCCUCUGCUCUCACCUCAGUGGCUCCGAAGAUGACGGCUUCUACGCAGACCUCAUCCAGAAGGGGCAGACUCUGCUGGAGCUCAUGAUGGCCAGCUCACAAGCCGUCCGGCUGCCCAGCAACUUUGAGGUCAACACCAGCAGCUGCAGGUACCACGGGGAAAAGAUCAGGACUCUCUUCUGCUCCCUGAAGCAGCUGGAGCACACCCCCCAGGCACUGAAACAUCUCUGCAGGGUGUUUAUCCGGCAGCGCCUUAAGCCUUGGCCAGUAGACGUUAAAAUCAAGGCUCUACCUCUUCCGGACAGGCUGAAGUGGUACCUCCUCAUCGACCACGCCGCUGUUGGGCACGAGGACCUCUGAGCCUGGCUGGUGCCUCUCCGUCUCCCCUCUCCGCAGUCAUGGUGCCCGUGGCCGGCCAGCAGAUGGCUGACCUGCACCAGUUCUCCCUGCAGCGAGAGGUGCUGCCCUCCCCGCGCCCACGGGGCCUCUCGGCUGUGUUUCAGGGCUGUGCUUCUCUGUGCACGGUGCUGCACGCGCGUCCGUGGAGGCUCUGAAACGAACGUGCUGGUUUUUGAUUUUAUUUUACACCAGAAGGAGCCCAGGGGUACUCCUGGGGCACGCUGUGGGGGGGGCGGAGGGGGCCGCUGGGAAUCGGGGAGAUGGACGCUGGGGAGGAAGGUUUGUGGGGACGUUAGGCGGACGGCCGGCGGGGCAGUGUGACUGCACAGGUCCCCUCCUUCCAGCCCUGCUGGCUUUGGGGUGGGCGAAGCGGUGCCUUGGACGAGUGGCAGAGCCGUGAGGCGCCUCGGGAUGCCGAGAGAGGAGUUGCUGCCUGAGCAGGAGCACGGAGAGGUGCCAACGGUCGGGCCCGGUGCAGCCAGACCUCCAGGGGAGCGCUGGCAUCCAGCUCCGUGCCUCCUGUUCUGUUGGGGGAAGCAGCUGAGGCGGAGGCGGGUCCUGCCUUGAUGUGGUGCUUUCCUCGCUCACCUGGGCUUCUGAGAACGGGAGCGUGGAGGGGUUGAGGGGGAGCAGGGCUGGCAGCAGCAGCCUGGCUGUUGAGCACCCUCAGAGCUUUUGCCAAGAGCGCUCGAUCCUCUCGGCACAGGGGACCAUCCACCAACGUGUCUUGGAGGCGCUGGGCUCCAAGACAAGUGGCUGUUCCUCGGUGUGUUGUGUGUGCAAGGAGGAGGAAAGGGCAGCUGACUGCUCGGUGCCUUGCUCCUCCCCGUCCCUUGGCCCCUUACGCGCUCCUUUCCCUGCCUGACUGCACGCUGGACGUUGAGCUCCAGCGCCUCUUGCCCAGGAACAAAAAAUUGCAGCAGAGCUCAGGGUUUUCUUGCCAGGCUGCUACAGGAAGCCCCGACCUUUGGAACUGUGCCUGAAGGUCCCGAGUCCCAGCCUGCCACAGCUGUCUGGCAGCUCCUAGGCAUCCGCUUCCUUGUGAAGACCAAAAGAUGCCGUGGAGCUGAGCCUUCCCCCUGCCCCAGAACAGGUGCAAAAGAGGAAGGAAAUCUCCCGUGAGCAGGUAUUUACAGCAAGCAGAGCUGGGAUCCGCAGGGGUGUCUCCCCACCCUGCGCUCCUGGCAGCAGCUCCUGUUCUUCACCUUCUCCCACCCUGUGGAAUCGGGGCUGUGCGUCUUGAGGAACCGAUGUUUAAAAAAAAAAAAAAAUACAAAACGAAAAUGUGAACUACCCCCCUGCUGUCUGGAAUUGAAAAAGAGCAAUUAAACAAGGCCUUUUGUAA